AUGGUGGCAACGAAGUCUAUAUCGUGCAAUCCCCUCCCCAUCCACACUCUACCUUUCACACCCUCAGGCGAAGGCGUCGCGGGUGCUGCUGUGCCUGGUGGCGGCCUCCGUGCUCCUCGCGCUGCUGCCCUGCGCGGUUCACUCCGCCGACUCCGCCAACGUCGCUCUCCCUCUCGCCCCUCCCUCGCUCCCCCCCCCUCGCCCCUCCCUCGCCCCUCGUGCGCCGCUGCUCCCGCCACGCCAGGAGCGUGCAAGAAGGAGAUCGCGGAGUUCUGCGGCGAUCUGACGGUGGGCAAUCGGACGGUGGAGAGGUGCCUGACGGGGCAGGUGCAGCUGCUCAAAUCCAAGGGCGGACAAGGGGCAGGGAGCAUAUCGCCGGGGUGUCUACAGGAGGUAUACCAGUUCAAGAUAGAGCUCUACAAGAACAUCUCCCUCAAUAACGACAUGGCGGAGGCGUGCAGGGGCGACAUACAGCAGUACUGCAACGACGGCUUCCUCUACCCCGAACCCGGCAACGUCCUUGCCUGCCUCAGGGAGACGAGGGGGGCGGGGAAGCUAUCGGAGGGGUGUGGGGAGGCGGUGUUGGAGGCGGAGGAGGAUGCGGCGGGGGACUUCCGCAUGGACCCGCAGCUGCACGCCCUCUGCUCCAACGACGCCGCCCGCCUCUGCAAGGACGUCGCCCCGGGGGAAGGCCGCGUGCAGGACUGCCUGAGGCAGCACCGCAGCAGUGUGAACUGGGACUGCCAGGCGGAGCUGUUCCGGCAGGAGGUGGAGAGCGCCGAUGACAUCCGCCUCAACGUGCGCCUCUUCAAAGCGUGUCUGGAGGACAAGAGGCGGUUCUGUGCGGACGUGGUGCCGGGGGACGCCAGAGUGAAGGACUGCCUGGAGACGCACCGCCACGACUCCGACUUCUCCAAACCCUGCAAGGAGGAGGUGGAGAGGAUGAUGGAGCGCCGAGCCUCUGACUUCCGCCUUGACCCCGGGCUGCGCAAGUACUGCCACCGUGACAUUGUCGAGACGUGCUACCCGGACGCGGACGACAUAAGCGACGUGGCGUCGUGGGACAGCCGGGUGAUAGAGUGUCUGCAGGACUACCGGCGGGAGCUCAAGGACCCGCGCUGCCGCCAGCAGGUGCACCUGCUCACACAGAGGGCUGCUGAGGACAUGCGCUUCGACCACCCGCUGCAGCAGGCCUGCCAGGAGGACCGUGAGGUGGUGUGUGCGGGGGUGCCGGACGGCAAUGCGCGGGUGUUCAUGUGUCUGCAGGAGAAUCGCCAGAAGCUCAAACCCGUCUGCCGCACCGCACUCUUUGAGCAGGAGAUACGGUACGCGGAGGACAUCGACUUCAAGUUCCCCAUGCGCCAGGCCUGCCAGGACGAGCUGCUGCGCCUCUGCAAGGACGAACAGGGUGGGGGCGACACGAUAGCUUGUCUACAGAAGCACGAGGAGGACGAGGAUAUGGGCGAGCAGUGCAAGAAGGAGGUCAAGAAGGAUGAGGAGCGCAGCGCACACGACUUCCGGCUGAACUACAAGUUGAACCGAGCGUGUUUCAGCGACGUGCAGCACCUGUGCAUGCACUCGUGCGAGCCCAGGAACGACUCCUUCACCACCGCGGGUGGCCCCUCGGGCGACCAGUGCGGCGGCCGCGUGCUGCAGUGCCUGGCGGGCAACGCCUCGCUCAUCGCCAGCCCCGAGUGCAGGGAGGAGGUGGCGUACUUUGAGCGGCGCGAGGUGGGCGAUGUCAUGCUCGACGUGCCACUGCAGCGCGCGUGCGUGGACGACAUCGGUGCGCUGUGCGGGCUGCAGCGCGACCACAGCAAGGUGCUGUCGUGCCUGCGGCAGCACCGCGCACAGCUCAAGCCGGAGUGCCGGGACGAGGAGGUGCGGUUCUCAGCCAUGGAGGCAUCUGACAUCCGCCUCACGCCCUCGCUCAUGAACGCCUGUGGGCUCGAGCUGCAUGCCUUCUGCCGCGGCGUGCCGCCCAGCGAGGGCAAGGCGUUCCGCUGCCUGCAGACCAGCCUGGGCCAGGAGAGCAUGGGGGUGGCGUGUCGCUCUGAGGUGGCGCUGCAGACGGUGCGCGAGUCACAGUUCUACCUUGCUGACGUGGCGCUGGCACUGCAGUGCCAGGUGGACAUCGCCAAGACUUGCAGCGCGGCGGCCAACAGCACGGCGGACGGCGACGGGGAGGUGAUAGCGUGCCUGGUGCAGCACUACGAUGGGCUCUCCGGGAAAUGCCAGACCGAGGUGGCAUACCUGGUGCGCAUGGCGCUGUGGGUCUACCACCCCGCCAACAACCUCACCAUGCCGUGCGCGGCUGACAUCGCCGCCCUCUGCCCCAACGCCACCUCCACCAUCUCCACUGCGGUGUCGCAUGCGGCGCAGGGAGUGGUGGUGGCGGCGGUGGGGCAGUGCCUGGUGGACCAGCCGCUGGCCAAGCUGAGCAGCGAGUCGUGCCGGCAGCUGGUGGCCGUGGUGGGCGUGGCGGGCGCGCAUGUGGGCGGGGUCGUGGACGAGGCCCGCCUUGAAGCCACUCUCGCUGAGAUCGCUCAGCUCCUGGUACUAUCAUUUCUGCCUCACUGUCCCACCUCGCCAUUGCUCCCCACCUUUGCCCCUUCCUCUCUUCUCCACGCCCGCACUUGCAUUUCUCCUGCACUGCCCAAUGCUCUCCUCUCUCUGAACGUGCAGCUGGGAGCUUUGGAGCAGCAGCAGCAGCAGGGGGGGGCGGGCGGCGUAGUGCUGACGGGGUGGACGGCGCUGCUGGCAGUGCUGGCGCUCUCCAUGCUGCUCAUUGGUGCCGGCAUCUAUGCCCACCAACGCUUCUUCAGCCCCACACGCAACUACACUCUAGUUGUGCAGGAGGGAGGUGUCAAGGAGGGGGACGUGUGA